CCCAGGACCCUGCAUUAAACUUUAUUUGGUUUCCCACAGUACACACAACAUGGAAAUGCAAUUAUUUUAUUAAAUAUAAAAUUGCUAAAUACCUUUUCUCAUCAGCAGUUACAGCAGUCUUGUGACUUCUAGCAGUGUUCAGCAGAGCACUGGUUAAAGCUUGUAGGAUGAGUUUUCAAUUUGCUCUAGGAGGAUGCAGAACCCCUGACCUGUCUGGACAGUGCUCAAUGGCCCUGUGCCGAUUACAUGCACUCCCCCCCCCCCCCAAAAAAAAAAAACCUCCUCUAGCAAUACACACCAAACUGAGC